AUGGAUUACAAUAGCGUAUUGGAGACUGGCCCCUCCCCAAAGCUUAAAGAUCUCAACGAAGAGAUCCGCUUGAAACUUCAACAGAUCCCCGAUUAUCCGCUGGAUUUCAACAUCUUCGUUUACAGAGGUGUCAAAGAUAUUCGAACAGAAAUUGAACCAGAGCUGAAAGAGUUUCGGGUUCAAUACAACAACCAAAACAUCAAUGACGACCCAUUGACUUGUACCGCUCGUCUGCAGGACAGACUUUUGGGAUUUUUAAUUCUAGAACGUCAUAGAAGGGAUAUAGAGACAUUGAAUAAGACCUUGGAGGCCCAGGAUUCAAAUGGAAAGACUGUUACGUUGAUAGAGCUGCAAGAUCCGUACAAAUAUGAGAUUAAAUCACCGUUGUAUCUUCAAUUGAUGUCACAAAAGGAUUCUCACAAACAAACGUUCCACAGGGUGGCGUUGUUGCAGAAUCUGGAGUACCAGUUUGAGUCCAAAGUAAAUCCAGAAGAUGACGAUGACAUUAAGGAUGAUAACUCGUUAAUCCAGCAGUUUGUAUCCAACGAGGAGAUCAUGAACUUUGACCAUUUAUUCAGACAGAAGCUUUCCAGUCUCAAAGACGCUGCCGAAGCUCAAGAAGCCAUGGAUGACUCGACAAUCCUCCAAUUGAUGAUCCCCGUGGCCGCCCAAAAGCUACUAGUAGAGAAAGACGCCCUAGCAUAA